UAGUCGUGUGGAUAAAAAAUGACGACAAAAUAAUAUCUCAUUCUUUUUCCCUCAACGAUACUUCAUCAUCAUUACCACUAACUUCAACAAAAUAUCCUUUCAAUGGUCUCUGCUCUGUAUCUAACCCCUUCAUCUCUUGAUACUAACAUUUUUUCUCUUCAAACUUCUAAAUCUUUACGUCUCACCAUACAACAAACACAUACAAAUCCAAAACAUUUCAGUCUCAAUCAUGUCUUCCAACUCCCUUCCACCCAUAAAUCUUGCCUUAUCAUCACAAAGGCUACUAAUGGCAAUGGCGUUGGUGGUAACCAACAGAAUACAAAGCCUAAUAGUGUGAUUUGUGCUGAUUGUGAUGGAAAUGGAGCUGUUGUAUGCUCUCAAUGCAAAGGUGAUGGCGUAAACUCUGUUGAUUUCUUCAAUGGACUCUUUAAAGCUGGUGCCUCUUGUUGGCUUUGUGGAGGCAGAAAAGAAAUUUUAUGUGGAAGCUGCAAUGGUGCUGGUUUUAUUGGUGGCUUCUUGAGCACUUAUGAUCAGUAACAAGAUACAGAUUCAACAAUUUCCAACACAGUAUAUAACUUCUUGCUUCAAAUACUUUUCACUCUUUAAUCAAGUAUUAUAUUAUGAUGCUAAUAGUAACUUCGGAUUCAUGUGCUAUCUUUUCCUUUUGUUUCCACAAGCUUUACUUUCUAUUUCUUGCUUCUGUAAAAACUCCGCAUACAUGAGCUGCGAAAAAUUAUGCAUACUGUCAUAAGUUAUUUCUAUAAACUAUCUCAAACAAUUUUACA